GCCUUGAAGUAUUUAAAGAGAUGGCCUUCUCCUCCUUCCCUCUGCUCCUCCCUCCGUAACUCGACCGUUCGAUCGCGAUGACCGGAAACGAGUUCCGAUUCUUCCUAUCUUGCGAUAUAAAUCUUCCAGUUACUUUCCGGAUCGAGAGGUUGGAAGGGAACCUGCCGCAAUCUCCAGCUUCAUCCGAACUUGACACGUCCACUGAGAACAGAAAUGCAGAGCUACAUGUUGAAUGCACCCUUUACAUUGAUGGGGCCCCCUUUGGGUUGUCCACUAAAACAAGGCUGGAAUCUUCAGGAUACCCAUAUUGCUGGAAUGAGCUUAUAACAUUGAGUUCCAAGUAUCGAGACUUAACUUCUCAGGCACAACUUGCAUUCACAGUGUGGGAUGUCUCAUGUGGUAAUGGUGAUGGUUUAGUUGGUGGAGCAACUGUUUUUCUUUUUAAUAGCAAAAAGCAACUAAAAGCAGGAAGGCAAAAGCUUCGACUUUGGCCUGGAAAAGAAGCAGAUGGAACGAUCCCAACCACUACACCUGGAAAGGUUCCUAAGCAUGAGCGAGGGGAAAUAGAGCGUCUGGAGAGGCUUGUAAACAAGUAUGAGAGGGGGCAGAUACAGCGUAUCGAUUGGUUGGAUCGUCUCACAUUUGAAGCUGUGGAGAAAAUUAAGGAAAAAGAAAGCAGUAGAAGUGACAAUUCUCACCUCAGCCUGGUUGUUGACUUUUGCAGUUUUGAGCACAGAGUUGUUUUCCAGGAGUCUGGAGCAAAUUUUUAUGCACCGUCUCCUGUAUCAUCAACAAAUGAGCUGGUUACCAUAUGGGAUCCUGAAGUCGGAAGAAAGAAUCCUUCAGAACUCAAGCAAUUAAAGCUUGCAAGGAGCUUGACUCGUGGGAUAAUUGAUAGAGAUCUAAAACCAAGUUCUAAUGAAAGGAAGUCAAUACAGAGUAUCCUUAAGUACCCUCCAACGCGCACUCUGAAUGGUGAUGAGAGGCAAUUGUUAUGGAAAUUCCGUUUCUCUUUGAUGUCAGAGAAGAGGGCCCUGACUAAAUUUCUCCGUUGUGUUGAAUGGACUGAUGUUCAGGAAGCAAAACAAGCAAUUGAUUUAAUGGGGAGGUGGGAAACCAUUGAUGUAGCUGAUGCAUUGGAACUUUUGUCUCCGGUUUUCGAGAGUGAAGAUGUUCGUGCAUAUGCUGUAAGUGUUCUUGAAAGGGCUGGUGAUGAAGAACUUCAGUACUAUUUACUUCAGCUGGUACAAGCUCUUCGGUUUGAGAGAUCUGAUAAAUCUCGCUUGUCACUUUUUCUUGUUCAACGAUCAUUAUCAAAUAUUGAGAUAGCUAGCUUCCUUCGUUGGUACGUAGCUGUGGAGCUUCAUGAUCCUACAUAUGCAAAGCGUUUUUAUUGCACCUAUGACAUGCUAGAAGAUAAUAUGGUAAAAAUGGAAGCUGGUGAGAAUGGAGAUGAAGAUGGGUUUAAAUUGUGGCACAGUUUAGUGCGUCAGACAGAAUUGACAGCCCAGUUGUGUUCUAUUAUGAGAGAUGUAAGAAAUGUGCGUGGUGGAACACAAAAGAAAAUUGAAAAAUUAAGGCAACUUCUUUCUGGACUUCUUAGUGAGCUUACCUAUUUUGAAGAGCCAAUUCGAUUACCUCUAGCACCUAGCGUACUCAUAACCGGGAUUGUGCCAUCAGAGUCAUCAAUCUUUAAAAGUGCAUUGCAUCCUCUUCGCCUAACAUUUCGAACAGCAAGUGGCGGGACUUGUAAAUUGAUUUUUAAGAAGGGAGAUGACCUCCGACAGGAUCAGUUGGUGAUUCAAAUGGUUACUCUAAUGGACCGGUUGCUUAAGCUUGAGAAUCUUGACUUACAAUUAACUCCAUAUAGAGUGCUUGCAACCGGGCAAGAUGAAGGGAUGGUGGAGUUUAUUCCAUCCAGCUCUCUAGCACAGAUCCUAUCAGAGCACCGUAGUAUUGUGAACUAUCUGCAGAAGUUCCAUCCUGAUGAAGAUGGACCAUUUGGUAUUACGGCUCAAUGUCUUGAAACAUUUAUAAAGAGCUGUGCUGGCUACUCUGUUAUCACAUACAUAUUGGGAAUAGGAGACAGGCAUCUGGAUAACCUCCUUCUUAGAGAUGAUGGGCGCCUCUUCCAUGUUGAUUUUGGCUUCAUCUUGGGUCGUGAUCCCAAGCCAUUUCCUCCUCCCAUGAAACUAUGCAAAGAAAUGGUUGAGGCCAUGGGUGGAGCAGAAAGUCAAUAUUAUACCAGGUUCAAAUCUUAUUGUUGUGAAGCAUACAACAUUUUGCGGAAGUCCAGCAAUCUUAUACUGAACCUCUUUCAUUUAAUGGCGGGUUCUAAUAUUCCUGACAUAGCUUCUGACCCUGAGAAAGGCAUUCUCAAGCUUCAAGAGAAAUUCCGGUUGGAUUUGGACGACGAAGAUUCCAUACAUUUCUUCCAGGAUCUCAUCAAUGAGAGUGUUAGCGCGUUGUUUCCCCAAAUGGUCGAGACCAUUCAUCGAUGGGCUCAGUACUGGCGUUGAUGUCACUGUUUUCUUUGGGUGGAUUACCAACUUACAGAUAUCUUGAAGCAAAAUCUGGCCCCUCCUGGAGGUUUCUGUCAAUUUUUUCUCAGUUCUGUAUAUAUUGUACAUGAUUUCUAGAAUUGGUAGGUAGCAAGGGUCCGUUGUAUGAAUAUUAUAUCAAUUCUUUUGUAUAGUAUCUUACUGCGUUAAUCUGGUUUAUGCAUCUGAUUUUAUGCUAGUC